CUGAGUUUGCACUCCAUUAAGUCCCCAAAACUUUCUGGAAAUCAAGCAAACUUGUAGCUCAUCAAAAUUCAUAACUAUUCCUAUCACUUAGGAGACAUGGCUCUCCUCAAAGCAUCACUAUGGCAUUUGUUAGCACUUGUCUCCAUAUUGGCUCUUCGCGUCAGUGCUAAGGAUGAUGGGCCACCUGCUGAAUAUAGCUCUCCCUCACCUCCUCCCUAUGAGUACAAAUCACCACCAUAUAUGCACAAACCUCCUCCUUACGAGUAUAUGUCGCCACCAUAUAUGUAUAAACCACCGCCCUAUGAGUACAUGCCACCACCAUAUGUGUACAAACCACCUCCCUACGAGUACAUGCCACCACCAUAUGUGUACAAGCCACCGCCGUAUGUGUACAAGCCACCACCCUAUGUGUACAAACCACCGCCGUAUGUGUACAAGCCACCUCCAUAUGUGUACAAACCACCUCCUUAUGUGUACAAGCCACCGCCAUAUGUCUACUCAUCACCACCACCACCACCUUACAAGUACUCCUCCCCACCACCUCCACCAUACAUGUAUUCUUCACCUCCACCACCUCCUUACAAGUAUACUUCACCACCUCCCCCACCAUAUAAGUAUUCCUCACCACCACCUCCACCAUAUAAGUAUUCCUCACCACCACCUCCACCAUACAAGCUGAUCAAAAUUCAUAACUAUUCCUACCACUUAGGAGACAUGGCUCUCCUCAAAGCAUCAUUAUGGCAUUUGUUAGCACUUGUCUCCAUAUUAGCUCUUCAUGUCAAUGCUUACAAUGUUUGGCCACCUGUGGACUAUGCUUCUCCUCCACCUCCUUCCUACGAGUACAAACCACCGCCCUAUAUGUACAUGCCACCAACAUAUUACUAUCCAUCCCCACCUUAUGUCUACUCAUCACCACCACCGCCACCUUAUGUUUACAAUUCACCUCCACCACCUCCACCAUAUGUUUACAUGUCACCGCCUCCACCACCUUACAAGUACUCCUCUCCACCACCUCCACCGUACGUCUAUUCUUCGCCCCCACCUCCACCAUACGUCUAUUAUUCACCCCCACCACCCCCUUACAAGUACACCUCUCCCCCACCUCCACCAUAUGUCUACUAUUCACCUCCACCACCACCAUAUAUGUAUACUUCACCGCCACCUCCACCAUACCAGUACACUUCACCACCUCCCCCACCUUACAGCUAUUAUUCAUCUCCACCACCACCAACAUACAAGUGAACCACUUCCUUAUUAUUAGUUACCGUCACCCGGCCACCUUGCAUUACAAGUCAUUUCCAUUAGCCAUUGCACCGCCUUAUUCCUACUGAUUUCUUUGAACUAUGUCCUCUAAAAGCGCACGUUAUAAGAAUAUGUCUAGUGUCUUACUGUUCAUUUGUUUGAGUUUGUCAUUUUAUUGAAACCCUCCAAAGUGAGAACUGCCUGUCCAGAAAAUCUUCGAAAAGAAAUCACGUGAUCAGCCAUGCAGUUCGAUAAUCCUGCUUUUUUCUUUUUCUCUAAAAGAAUAACUAUUGACGGAGCUGCCUGCUUUGGAGGAGGACUUUAAUUUGACGCUUCAAUAUUGUUGUGUUUGUAUCCAAUUGUAUCGUUCUGUUGCCUUUGCGAUGGCUUGUUCUUGUACUUUUUUUUUUUUUUAAUUU